AUGCUUAUUCCAUGGCUAUCACUAAUUACUCUCUUCGAACUAUUUGAUUGUUUCCACGUUCUGUAUGGACGAACUAUAUACCCAGUAGAAUUACGAGCAACCAAAGGCGAAUUCCUUAUCUACACUCUUCAUUCCGUUGAUGUUAAGUGGUCAGCAUCUUUACGCGAUCGUCCCGCACUACCAUUAUGGUUGCAUUUAAUGCCCUCUAGGCAUAAACCUCUUGGGUACCUAUACGGCACUCCAAUCCUACCUUCAAAUCAAGUUGUCUUACAUGUCAUUGCUCGAAGACUGGAUAAUUACGAAAAAGCGGAACAGUACAUAACAAUAUUAUUAAACGAUAAUGAAAAUUACAACAAGACAACACAACAGUUUGCUGAAAUUUAUAUAAAAAAUUAUGAUGCUGAAGAACUGCUAACCGAUCGUACGCAAAUUAUUGACCGACUAAAGCAAUCGCUUAAAGAUUCGUUCAGAGGAAAAGGACUGAACCCGUACAUAUAUCAAAUUUUACCUGCUGGAAAUCCAUCAGGGGAGAAUGAACCAUACGAUCCUAUUCAAAAAAUUGGAAGUAUAGUUCGAGUUGGUACACAAAGUCAUUUUCACUCUAACGUUCUGAAUUUGGAACGCGGUUUGCAACGGAAUCCACAAUAUUGCAACCGAGAUGUACUAGUACCGUUAAACAAAUUCUUCGCUCCAGUUUUUAAAGUUGACUGGUGCAAUUUUCGUGUGAAGAACAUAACAACAUCUACCAUUCACGAUAAGUGGUUAAACCAAGAAGCCAUCAAAAUAAUCAGAACUGAUGCUGAUGCUAUGCACAUCCCUUAUAGUCAAUACGAUGAACUCACGCGACCUUUACUAACUGCGGAAACUCCAUUGAUGCACACUCGAUAUUACUUCUGGGAAUCCUUUCUCAUGUUCCCGAUGUUGGGCGUAUGCAGCAUCCUUCUAAUUAUCCUUCUUAGUCUUAUUUUCUUCGGUCGACGAGAAGGACAACACUGGAGAGAUUACAAAACACCCAAACGUCAGCUGGAAGAGUAUGCUAGCGUAAGAGAUAGCCAACGACAUUUGCGUGAACUUUCGAUGCAACGCCAAAUGCUCUUAAUGGUAACCGAUAGAACACGAUCACGCACUCUUCUGGGAAUUCAAUCAUUUCUUCAACCCAAGUCAAGUCAGAAUCCUUCUCAUGAAACUCUUCAAGGUGAUCAUCAAUCAAGUCGUAGUUCUCGAUCUCCCUUACUGAAGAAAUCACGCGAUGCUAUUCCAGACAAGAUUCCUGAGGAUCAUGUAAUACCACUCAGCAAACAAACAGUUGCGGAAGCAGCUAAAGCUUGUGGUUCCUCAUUAUAUUUGUAUCGGAAUCCAUUUGAGAUUGACAACACUGAUGAAAAUUCCGCAGACGACGAUGAUUUUGCUGCUCCUUCUAAUGAUAAUGAUAACGAUGACAAUUGUGGUGACAAUCAGGAGGGCGAAAGUAAUACAAAGUGUGGCAAUGACUACAACACUUCCUAA